UCCAUUUUAGCAAUAUAAAUAAAAGGUAUAAUGUCAGAAUGAUGUUUAAAGUAUUUCUGUUAGAUGUUAUGAACCAUUUGAACAGAAAUUUAGGUUUGGUGCAUAAGAAAUACUCCCCAAUUCAAAAUCUAUUAUUAUUAAAUGGUUUCCGGAAAUCUCAUACUGAUAUUCAAGUUCCGGACUUUUCAAAAUACAGAAGGGGAAGUGUUGCGAAUUCAGAUGAGAAAGCUUCAGACUCAGAAGACUCCCGAAAAUGUUUUACAUAUUUAAUGUCUGCAACUUUUUCAGUCGUGAGUUUGUAUGCUACUAAAGGAUUCAUAUAUAGCCAUGUUAUGGUGAUGGCACCUUCAAAAGAUGUUCUAGCACUAUCAAAAAUAGAAAUAAAUCUAAAAGAAAUACCGGAAGGUAAGUCAGUUACGUUUAAAUGGAGAGGAAAACCCCUAUUUGUUAGGCAUCGUACUGCCGAGGAAAUUCGAGUUGCACAAUCUGUUCCUUUGUCAUCACUUAGAGAUCCAGAAGAUGAUGCAAAACGAACAAAAAUACCGGAGUUCUUAGUAGUUGUUGGUGUUUGCACCCAUUUGGGAUGUGUACCAAUUGCAGAUGCAGGUGAUUUUGGUCCGGGAGGUUAUUACUGUCCUUGCCAUGGAUCUCAUUUUGAUGCAGCAGGAAGAGCCAGAAAAGGACCUGCACCUAAAAAUUUGGAAGUCCCAGAAUAUACUUUUGUUGGAGAUAAAACGUUGAUUGUUGGUUGAUAAUCUUUCCCAAACAAAAAUCAAGUUUUAAUGAUAGUUCAUCUUUUAAAAUUCUAUUAAAUUAAGUUUCGACGAUAUUAUGGA